CCUGUGUUUCUGCAGUGUUUAGUCAUAUGGGUCAAGUGACAAGAAGCUAGAAAACUGGAAACUUUCCCUAGAAACUAAGUGUGCUCCAUUUCCUCAUAACUGCCAAGUAAAGUGGUUUGUUGCCUCGGAAGUAACCUCAGUGUUGGGGGGUUAUUUUCUAUCUGUGGCCAUGCUCGGGAGCAAGUUUCUGUGUGUGAAUAUGGUGGCGGUCAACAUGUUACUGUGUGUCCUCUUCGUUUCAGGUGCUUUGGCUGCUUGUACUAGGAGUUCAAACCUCCUCGUUACUGCACCUAAGAAGAUGGGAGCACUGAGUGGAUCUUGUUUGCAAAUCCCAUGUUACUUUAGAUCUAAAUCAGAACUACUGUUUGACAGCAGCAGAGAAAUCUUUGGAGUGUGGAUUAAGAGUGACCCAAGAUUUGAACUGGAUCCUAGCAAUGUGAUUUUUAACAGUAGUGAGACAAAUAACAUGUAUCCAAUGAGUAUUACUGGGAAGCUGAGAGAGAGAAACUGCACUACUUUAUUUUCAAGUUUAAUCACUAGUUACACAGACACAUACUACUUCAGGAUUGUGACUUACUCAUUCAGGGCAACAUCUUCAUGUGAUCCUCUUCAAAUAACAGUUGAAGAUUCUCCUCGUCGCCCCACAAUUGAGAUCUCAGGUGAUCUGAAGGAGAAGGAGUCUGUCACUAUAUCCUGCUCAGCUUUCACUCCCUGUCCACACUCCCCUCCUAAACUCACCUGGAAUCUCCAACAAGACUCUCACAACAAAAUAGAGGAAAACACAGAUGGAACCUUUACAACUAAAAUCCAGGAGACCAUCACUCUGUCAGAGCAACAUGAUGGAUACAACAUCAGCUGUUCUGCCACAUAUCCUGUGAAUGAAGGAAAAGAUGUCAAGACAGCAGAGGAGACAAAGACUCUCAGUGUUUCAUAUGCUCCUAAAGACACCUCAGUGUCCAUCAGCGCAUCAGCAGGUAGCUGGGUGAACCUGACCUGCUCCAGCAGAGCCAAGCCUCCCGUCAGCAGCUUCAGCUGGUUCAGGACCAGCAAAGAUGGACUGAUGAAAGUAGCUGAAAGACACUUUUACAGCUUUAAUGUGACAGAUGGAGGAGAUUAUUACUGUGUGGCCACAAAUGAUCUCGGGAGUCAGAAGUCAUCAGAGAUCUAUCGGAAUAAUACAGAUUCUCCUCGUCACCCCACAAUUGAGAUCUCAGGUGAUCUGAAGGAGAAGGAGUCUGUCACUAUAACCUGCUCAGCUUUCACUCCCUGUCCACACUCCCCUCCUAAACUCACCUGGAAUUUCCAACAAGACUCUCACAACAAAACAGAGGAAAACACAGAUGGAAACUUUACAACUAAAAUCCAGGAGACCAUCACUCUGUCAGAGCAACAUGAUGGAUACAACAUCAGCUGUUCUGCCACAUAUCCUGUGAAUGAAGGAAAAGAUGUCAAGACAGCAGAGGAGACAAAGACUCUCAGUGUUUCAUAUGCUCCUAAAGACACCUCAGUGUCCAUCAGUGCAUCAGCAGGUAGCUGGGUGAACCUGACCUGCUCCAGCAGAGCCAAGCCUCCCGUCAGCAGCUUCAGCUGGUUCAGGAUCAGCAAAGAUGGACUGAUGAAAGUAGCUGAAAGACACUUUUACAGCUUUAAUGUGACAGAUGGAGGAGAUUAUUACUGUGUGGCCACAAAUGAUCUCGGUAACCAGACGUCGUCACAGAUCCAUUUGAAUGUUGCAGAACCCCCUGGAUCUCUACCAUGGGAGGCAAUUCUUGGAGGAGUCAUUGGGAUCAUUGUACUCAUGGUUGUCUGUGUUUGCAUCCUGAAGUGUGUGAGGCGGUCAAAGACGACAGAUUUAAUUCAACAACAGAAUCAGAGUCAAACAGGUAAAGAGCUGAUGACUGAAGAGCCAGCAAGGAUAACAGAAGCAGAGGACGAAAACCUCCAUUAUGGAGAGAUUGACUUCUCCAUGCAGAGGCCUAAAACUUCUUCUGAUUUGCUGCGGGACAGUGGUCAGCAGGAGGAGACCCUGUAUGCGCAGGUCAAAGUGUCGAGUACAGCAACCAGCACAACACAGGCUGCUGACGGCCCAGAAGAUCUCUACGCUCAAGUGAAGAAAAAAUGAGAGUUGUUGGGUUAGUGGAAAGAGAUUACAUUUGAAUAGGAUUCAUACUUAAUGUACCUUUAUUUCUAAUUUAGAUCUAAUGUAGAAAAAGAUCCUGAGGCAUGGACAGGAAAAUGACAAAAUGUCAUUUUGUCACUUGUCAACAUGUCCAUAUGUGAGUUCUGACCUCCCACAGCUGUUACUGUGGGAUUUAUACAUGCCUGAUAUGUGCCAAUAAAAGUCCAAAGUCUCAGGAACAAGA